UGGAAUCAUUGGGCAUAGUAGAGGAGAAAGCGCGCGUCUUUCUAGAGGCAGACGACACAAGAGAGAAUUAUAAUGGACGCUGAAUCGUAGAAUACAACCCGUGAAUAUCUUGAGACGGAAGUAUUUGGAAUUGGAGUGGUGAAAGGGGAUGAUUGUAAGAGUUAUCUGUACUUGUUAUGAGUGUUUGCCAGUAGAGGGAGUAGUUGUUGUACAAUGCCGGUUACUCUACCACUGAUGACGAAGGUUCCGUCAGAUCCAGACGCCCAGAAAUUAUUAACUGCUCUUCCAAGUCUUGAAGCCAGGUUACCAGGGAAGGAACAUGCCGUGGCAUUUUUACGAAGAUUUUUACGUUCCAAAGAUUUACAUCGAACUAUUUAUAUUUAUCGUAAAUUAGUCCAACUAACAACUAUGAGGACGUCAGCAGAUUUUGCGGUUUCUCAAGCAGCUGAUGUAUUUUGUUCUAUAAGAUAUGUAACAGAUAAUCCAUUAGUACAAGAAUUAUUACAAAUUUUAUCUAGACCACAUUUACAGGCCUUAUUAUAUUGUUAUGAUAAAGUAACUAACCAUGAUUUUGAACCGAAGAUUGACCCGAUUCCAUUAAACGUAGAUGAAGAUGAGGCAGCCGUUAAGAUAGUACGUCUCAUUAAAAAUAAUGAACCAUUAGGUGCUACUAUAGCUGUUAAAGAUGAUGAUGAAGGUACAAUAGAAGUAGCUAGAGUUUUACAUGGUGGUGCUGCUGACAGAAGUGGUUUAAUCAAUGUAGGAGAUGAAGUACAUGAGAUUAAUGGUGUAUGUGUUCGUGGUUUAACUCCUGAUGAAGUUGUAGAUAUAUUGUCCAGAAUAACAGGUCCAGUAACUUUAAAAUUAACACCAAGUUUAAAAGCAACAUUACAGGGUUCUAGAGAAUGUAAGACGCGUGUGAAGGCAUUGUUUGAUUAUUCACCAGAAGAUGACAGUACUAUACCGUGUCCAGAGGCAGGUUUAGCAUUUACUCGUGGUGAAAUUUUACACAUCGUCAGUCAGGAUGACUCCACCUGGUGGCAGGCUAGAAAACAUGGUGAUACUAAAAAUAGGGCAGGGAUUAUUCCCAGUAAACAGUUACAAGAACGAAGGGAAAUGUUACGAAGAUUGGCAGCUAAAGCAGAAGCAGAGAGAUCAGAAACAAGACCAAUUAGUCCGUGUCAUAAUAGUCCGAGAAUACCCCGUCAGAAACGUCUCAGGAAAACUAUGUACCAUGCUAUACAAAAUGGAGAGUAUGAUACAGAUGCUGUUCCAACCUAUGAAGAAGUAGAAUUAUAUCAGGUCAAACCAUACGCAUUACGCCCAGUUAUAUUAGUAGGUCCACCAGGAGUCGGUAGAAAUGAAUUAAAGAGAAGAUUAAAAGCAAGUAAUCCAGGUCAUUUUGAGGAAGUUUUACCUCAUACAUCACGCCCAAUUCGUCCGUUUGAAAUCGAUGGUAAAGAAUACCGGUUUAUAUCACGUGAAGAGAUGGAAGCUGAUAUACUAGCACAAAGAUAUGCGGAGUACGGUGAAUAUAAGGGUAAUUUAUACGGAACACAUAUUGAUUCAAUACAAGCCGUUAUUAACGCUAAAAAAGUUUGCCUUCUAACACCUCAUACACAGGCUCUCAAGUUAAUGAGAACUAGUGAUAUUAAGCCUUAUAUAAUAUAUAUCCGACCUCCAUCAUUAGAAUGUCUCCAGGCUACAAGAUCUGUAUCACUGGCCAGAUGUACCAAUUCAGAUACAGAUGAUACCAAAUUAUUUACUACAGAAGAACUGCAGGACAUGAUUGAUUCAGGUCAUAAAUUAGAGGAGAGAUUCGGACAUUUAUUUGAUUAUGUUAUAGUUAACGCUGAUUUAACGGACGCUCUACGGGAACUGAUAUUAAUAACAAAUAAAAUAGAAAAAGAACCACAGUGGGUGCCGAUAGGAUGGUGUCAAUGAUUA